CACUUCGUGAGACGAGAGCCAUAGACAUGGUCGCCCAAGAGAUUCCCACAUCAGGUUCCCCGGAGACACUGCAAGAUCUAAUCACACUGCUUCAAUCAGACACGAAAGUUAAAGUCGCUGGUAUAGAUGUCGAUGGCGUCCUGCGCGGCAAGUUUAUGUCAAAGGACAAGUUCCUGAGCGCAGCGUCUUCGGAUGGCUUCGGAUUCUGUUCCGUAAUAUUUGGCUGGGAUAUUCAUGACGCCGUUUACUCUCGAGAACUACUAAUAUCAAAUAAAGAUAAUGGAUACCGGGACGUCAUCGCCCAAAUAGACUUGUCAACAUACCGCAGGAUUCCUUGGGAAGGGAAUGUCCCUUUCUUCCUUGUAUCAUUUCUUGACCCAGAAACCAAGGAGCCGCUAUGCGUUUGUCCUCGAAAUACACUACGAAGAACUAUCAGCAGAGCCAAAGAUAAAGGAUGGAAUUGCUUCGCAGGCGUUGAGUACGAGUACUUCCAAUUUAAUGAGACACCCGACAGCCUUGCCGAGAAGAAAUUCACUGACCUUAGACCAUUGACCUCCGGGAUGCACGGGUAUUCACUUCUACGUACCCAGUUGAACAAUGACUAUUUCCACGACCUCUUCGAUGAGAGCCUUCGAUUUGGUAUCCCGAUCGAAGGGCACCAUACUGAGACUGGCCCGGGAGUUUAUGAAACAGCUCUCGCAUACACCCACGCUCUGAGAAUGGCAGAUAAUGCAAAUCUUUUCAAAUACGUUGCGAAAAGUACAGGCAUGAAGCAUGGCAUAUUACCAAGCUUCAUGGCGAAACCUUGGGCAAAUCUACCUGGGUGCAGCGGGCAUAUUCAUGUAUCUCUACGAGAUCAUGCCGGAAGAAAUGUCUUCGGAAUCUCUGACGAGGAAUUGAAGAAUGGUGGACGUAAGAACGCAAAAUAUUCCGAUCUAAAAUACGUGAGCCAAGAAUGCGAGUGGUUCCUGGGCGGUGUUCUGGACGGAAUCACCGACGUAAUGCCUGCGCUGGUACCAACGGUCAACGGCUAUAAGCGCCUCGUGGGUGGUGAGGCAUUCUGGGCUCCCAAUGCUGUUACAUAUGGCUAUGACUCUCGUGUCGCGUCCAUUCGUAUCAUCUCGCCUCCUUCAGCCCCUCCUUCCGCAACGCGUCUAGAGAUCCGUAUCACUGGUGCAGACACAAACGCAUAUUUCGCACUAUCUGCUAUCUUCUCACUUGGUCUUCGCGGAAUCGAUAAGCGCAUCGAGCCAGGCCCACCUGUGUCGCACUUUAAACCGGAAGAUCGACAGGCAGGAAAGGUGAAGAUGCUUAGUACGUCACUUGAAAGUGCGACGAAGGAGAUGAUGAAACCGGACAGUAUUGCUCGUGAGGAAGCGGUGUUCGGGAAUGAUUUUGUCGAGCAUUUCGGUGGGACUCGUCAACAUGAAGUCAAGUUGUGGAAUGAGGCUGUGACAAACUGGGAAGUUGAGCGGUACUUAGAGCUUGCUUGAACCACUGUCAUUCCGCGAAACUAUCAGAUUUAUACACGUCCUGUCCGCUAUUUGUACAAUCCCCGUAUCCAAGCGAUCCUGUAGCAAAUGUUACAUCGUACUCCGUCUAAAUUCUCCAGUUUUUGUUGUAUGCGGAACAACAUUUUAGAAGACAUUCAUGUGUUAUGAAUUCACUUUUUUGCAGGCUGUCCAAGCUCUGAUGCUCGUUCAGUAGCCACUUGAAUGGCGCGCGCAAUCGUUGAACGAACUUUUCCGUCUUCAAGAGCUAAAAUGCCAGCGAUAGUACAUCCUCCAGGAGUGGUAACCGCAUCUUUUAUUUGCGCUGGAUGUGACCCGGAUUGCAGCGACAUCCGAGCUGCGCCUUGUAAAGUUUGUGCCGCGAGCUCAAGAGCCUCAGCUCGCGGAAGACCCAUCAUCACACCUCCAUCCGCCAUCGCUUCUAAGAAGACACAUGCAAACGCAGGUCCACUGGCGCUCACUGCUGUACAAGCAUCGAAGUUCUUCUCUGGUAGGAAGCGACAUCGUCCGAUUGAAGAGAAUAUGCGUAGGAUUAUUUGGCGGUUGAGUUCGGUUUCUGGAGCUGAGGGGAGGGUAGAGACUACUGUCAUGCCUUCGCGAAUCUUGCACGGAGUAUUCGGCAUAGCUCUGACCACUCGUGUCGAGGGACGGACCAUAGCUUCCAGUUGUGAAAUCGUAACACCAGCAAGAAUGCUAAUGAGUAAUUUGCCCUCGAGGGCCUCCGUCAUGCCGGGUUGCGAAAGUACAGUGUGUGCUAGUUGAGGCUUGACGCACAGAAGGACCACAUCUGACUCCUUUACGCUUUCUACAUUCUCUCCAGCGACAACCUCCACGGCUUCGCCCAAACCGCCUUUGCCGUGGAAAAUCCUGACGAGCUGGUGAACUGUGUCCUCCCUACUUACACACGCGAUGAAGCGGGAGGGGAGGGAAGCGUUAGGAGCGCCAACUGGCGUAGACGUCCCAGAAGUGUGGUGCUCCCAUUUUGGCACUCCAUACGAGGAGGAGGAGGAGGAGGAGGGUGGUGUAAAGAUACCGUUUGGAUGCAUGUAGUUUGGCAGCUGUUCAAGACUGGCGAUGACACCGGAAAGAACAGCGACUCCCAUCG